AGUAUCAAAGAUUUGAUUUAUAUUAAAAUAUGAACAGUUGCAUUUAUCUCAAAACUCGUGGAGUAAAAUUGAUUCAAUUUUAGAAUUUGCGUUUGAACACGUUGAACAGGGGUAGACUGAGAUUAACGCGGCAUCCACAGUGACCUUAAGGCAAAACUGGAUCAAGUCUCAAAUACACAUUAUUAAUUAUUAUCUUUAUACUAAUUUAAUAUGAAACUGUACAUCGUCAGAUACAUCAAGCUUUCCUACAUCCCGGUUAACUCGUUGGACGAGGCGACUACCCGGAUAACGAAAGAAUCUCGAAAAAACCCGGGGCACGAUUUUGUCGAGGGGAUCAUGUACUCCUUGAACAAAGGGGUCAUCAUGGUGGGGAGUUUCACGCCGAAAGCAGAACCUACAAAGAUAAACCCGGUGGCCCGCUGGUACAAGAAGUCCUUCUACAAACACGUCCAAGAUUUGUCUCAAUCUGCCCCCACCGUGGAGUACAUCCCGCUCCGGGACUACUAUCAUCGCCAUACGUACGGCGCCUUCUGGACACUCGAGAUUCUCGUGCCGUACGCCAACAUGCCCGUUAUGCGCUGGCUUUUCGGUUGGACCGCGACCAGCGAGACGAACUGGUACAAACUAAUCCCGGCCUUUUUCAGGCAAUUCUCCGAGAAAAAUGUUGUCCUACAAGAUUUCAUCGUGCCGAUUGGAAAGGCAAAAAUGGCCCUGGAAUUUUUCCACAAGCAAGUCGAGAUUUAUCCCGUCUGGCUUUGCCCCAGCAAGUCGUUCAACGAACCGGGAUUUUUUAAAUUUGACGAGAACCCCGACACGAUGCAGCUUGACAUUGGAAUUUAUGGAGUGCCAAAGAACCUCGAUGAUUACGAGCUGGUCAAAUCGAAUAAAAUAUAUGAACAGUUCUGCCUUAAAAAUAAAUGUUGGAAAGCCCUCAUAUCUACGCGGACACGUUCUUAAGCCGGGACGAAUUUUACGAAAUGUUUGAUCCCACGCUGUACAACAAGGUUCGGAAGCAGCUCAACUGCGAGGACGCGUUUCCCGACGUGUAUGAAAAAAUUUCGGCGAGAAUUUGAUAAAUAGAAACUUGGGGAAUUUCCCGUAUCUACAUCCUUGUUCAAAAUUAUUCCUUCCUUGUUAAUUAAUUUGGUCAAAUACGUUAAUUUGUUUAAAUGAAAAUUUAUG